AUGGUAGACAGAGAUCCAGGCUCACCCACCUGGAAGUUCACACAAUGCUUCGGAGAUAAAGGCGACGUAGAGGAUAUCACAGAAGCUGAUAUCAUCUCAACCGUCGAAUUCGAUCACACUGGAAAUUAUCUGGCUACGGGAGACAAGGGUGGACGUGUGGUUCUGUUUGAGCGAAACGAGACGAAAAAAACCUGCGAGUAUAAGUUCCAUACCGAAUUUCAAUCCCACGAGCCCGAAUUCGACUACCUCAAAUCGUUAGAGAUUGAAGAGAAGAUCAACAAGAUAAAAUGGUGUCGGCGACAGAAUGCAUCACACUUCCUCCUUUCCACAAACGACAAGACAAUUAAGCUGUGGAAGGUGUUUGAUAAGUCUCUAAAGGACGCAUCGGCAUUGAAGCUGCCCCGAUUGACACACCAUGAUACCGUGGUCGCUGCUGUCCCACGGAGAACUUACGCAAAUGCUCACGCGUACCAUAUAAAUAGCAUCUCCGUGAACAGUGAUGGCGAAACCUUUAUCAGCAGUGACGAUUUGCGAGUGAACCUGUGGAACCUCAACAUCCAGGACCAAAGCUUCAACAUUGUGGAUAUCAAGCCCGCAAACAUGGAGGAGCUGACUGAGGUUAUCACCGCGGCUGAAUUCCACCCCGUCAGUUGCAACCAGUUCAUGUACGCCAGCUCCAAGGGUACCAUCAAGCUUGCCGACAUGCGCCAGCGAGCGCUCUGUGACGAACAUGUGAAGCAGUUCGAACAAGAAGAGGAUGCAUCCUCUCGCUCUUUCUUUUCCGAGAUCAUCUCCUCCAUCUCCGACGUUCGAUUCUCACACGACGGCCGGGACUAUCUAACCGUGAAGAUUUGGGACGUCAACAUGGAGCGCCAACCGGUUAAGACCAUCCCCAUCCACGAGCACCUGCGCCCCCGCCUGUGCGACACAUAUGAAAACGACAGCAUCUUUGACAAGUUCGAGGUCGUCUUCUCGGGUGAUGCCGAGAAUGUCAUGACCGGUAGCUAUAACAACAACUUCAUGAUCUACCCGACAGAGGAGGAGAAGGAGACAGAGAUUGUUCUACAGGCGGAUAAGUCGGCUUUCAAGGCAAAGAAGGUUGGCGUACCGACCCCGAUGAACAAGGGCAAUGGAAAGAAGGCCGGCUCGAGGUCCGGCAGCCCCGCGGGUCCGGGCAGCCGAAUGAAGAAGGAGACCGAUGCCGAUCAGAUCGAUUUCAACAAGAAGAUCCUGCAUAUGAGCUGGCAUCCCUUCGAGGAUAGCAUUGCGAUUGCGGCUACGAACAACCUAUUCGUCUUCUCUGCUCUGUGA